CCCCGGGAGGUGGUGCUUAGUGCGCAGGUGCGCUGCCGCCCCGGAAGCGAGUAGCAGUGGCACGUUGGGGCUGCAGCGGGGCCAUGGGCUGGGAGGAGAAGGCGGCGCGGGGCUAUAGCGAGUUCGUGCAGGUGGCCCAGCAGAGCCGCGGCCGGCCCGUCUUCGCCUUGUUCAGCGGGGACAAGGAUGCCCAGGGCCGGAGCUGGUGCCCGGACUGCGUCACUGCUGAACCAGUUGUGAGGAGUGAAUUAAAUAGCCUGCCUGAUGGAGCUGUAUUCAUCUACUGCCAAGUAGGAGACCGAGCCUACUGGAAAGACCCCAACAACGAGUUCAGAAAGAAUCUGAAACUAACUGCAGUGCCAACGCUACUUAAAUAUGGGACACCUCAGAAGUUGGUAGAAGAAGAAUGUCUUAACAGAGAGCUUGUGCACAUGUUGUUUACUGAAGAUUAAGUUUUCUCUCUUCUUUAGUCAAUCAUUUAUCUAGAAAGUAGAUACCCAUAUCUUCAGGCUGCUGGUCAUUUUCAUUUAAAGGAGCCAUCAUGUAUUGCCUUAUCUCCAUUCAGACUUUAAACUGUCAAGAGCAUUGGCUGAGUGAUCAAAAUAAAUGCCAUGAAACUGCUGGUACAGAGCAUGGGAAAGGAUCUUGCAACACUAGAAAACUGUAACUGACCCUUGUGCUGAAUUAAACUCCUACUUGCAACAAA